GUCGUACUAUAUUUGAGAUAAAUAUUGAGAUUCAAGUCUUAGAUUUGAGGAGAUUAUUUAGCUGAAAUAAGUAUUGAUACGACCAUGGCACAAGUUAAAGAUUCAGCCAAUGUGUCUUUAGAAGACGCAUUGGAACGAACUGGAUUCGGUAAAUUCAAUUGGAUCCUGAUUAUUUUAUCGGGUGCGGUACUGUCAGCUGUUUUUCUGGAAACUGUUACCACCAUCAACUUUAUUUUACCGGUUGCACAAUGCGACUUACAAAUGACGAAUCAGGACAAGGGCUUACUGAGUGCAAUCGGAUUCGUUGGUAUUAUUGUGUCGUCACAUCUUUGGGGAUUUCUUGCCGAUACUCGUGGAAGGAAGAAAGUCAUCGUUACGUCACUGUUUAUCGCCUUCUUUACAACCAUCAUAUCAACAUUCACCCAAUCGUAUUGGUUAUUAGUUGUGCUGAGAUUUCUGAAUGGAUUUUUUAUUUCAGGGCCUUCCGCAACAACAUAUGCGUAUCUAGGAGAAUUUCACUGUCUCAAAGAUAGAUCGAAAGUUUUGUUGUUAGGCUCAUUUACGUAUGGACUUUUCUGCUAUUACAAUCCAAUUGCUGCUUCAUUUAUUAUAAAUCGGGACUGGACAUUUUAUAUUGAAACAAUCGACUUAGUUUUCAAGCCAUGGAGAUUAUUUAUGAUCGUUUGUGGCAUUCCAGGACUCUUAAGUGGAUGUGUUAUGCUAUGUAUGCCCGAAUCACCAAAAUUUACAUUCUCCCAGGGCAAGGAACAAGAAACACUAAACAUUUUGCAGAACAUCUACACUUGUAACACAGGGAAGCCAGCCGAAUCUUUUGAUGUAACAUCGCUGGCGAAGGACGAAGAGUUUGAAGAUGAGAAGGUGAAGCAAAAAAAUUUGUUUCAUUUUAUGUGGACACAGACGGUUCCACUGUUCAAGCAUCCUCAUCUGAAAAACACAUUGACUGUAUGUUUCAUACAAUUCUGUGUCUUCAAUUCAGGCACUGGCUUCUGGACGUUUUUCCCAGAAAUUAUAAACAGAAUCGCUAUUUGGGAGAAUGAUCCAUCACAUGUCUCUUCUACGGUCUGCCAAAUUUUGAACGACACAAAGAUUAUUCCAAACGAAAAUGCCGAGUUAUGUGUUACAAAACUGGAGAACUCUGCCUAUCGAAAUAUUUUCAUUUUAAAUUCAAUCUACUGUUUUGGAUGGUUGUUCUUGUCGAUGAUUAUUAAUCGUAUUGGAAAGCUCAUCAUAAUAACGACACUGCUAUUCACAGGCGGAGUUAGUGGAUUUUCGUUAAUCUUUGUGGAUCAGCCUAUGGUUUCUAACUAUCUAUAUAUCGUACUAUUGUCCGUUGGUUUAUCGCUCACAGUAUUGAACGCAUCGACGGUGGAACUGUUUCCAACGAAGUUAAGAGCUAUGGCAUUGUGCUUGUCUUUAAUGUUUGGUCGAAUCGGGAGUGUUAUUGGAUCGAAUAUAAUCGGAACAUUGCUGGAUAACUAUUGUGACUACACAUUUGUGAUGCCUACAAUUCUUUUGAUAUCGAGCGGCUGUCUUGCCUUUACAAUUCCGAAUAUUUCGAAAAGAAAUGUAAAAUAAAUGUAUGGCU